UUGGACGCUAAUAGGUAUUUGGCGUCUGUAUCACUUGCUUCCGAUGAACGCUCUAUAUCCUUGAGCCUACACUGAACAGCUCUGUGGUUGUUGCAAUAUCACCCCAUGGCUACCGCAUAUCAUCCGCUUCCCGGGGAGUUGAACGCUUUCCACCGUGGCCGCAACAGCUCCCAGACGAACUUUUGCUUGCCCCCACCAUCGCCGCAGAAGAAACGGGCUUCAUCCUAUUAUCCACCCAGGGAUCCUGUGACAACAGACGAAACCAACCCAUUCUACCUCGAGCGCUCUCUGGAGUACGGAGUCCGACGAGCUCACCGUCCUGGUGCUCGCGAUGUUAGAUUCAGUGAAGAAGCUAAUCAGUAUUAUAUGCUAUCCCCCGCGAAUCCUGGAAAAGAGCUUCCUUACCCUGUUCCGGUUCGUGGGGAAACUGCGCGGUCUCGUACUAACAUCAAUCGGUCAACACUGUCGGUGGUCGAGCUGGAACACCAGUUAGCUCUUCAACAGAUUGCACCGCAACCUUGGGGCCAACCCAGCCAUUAUAGCCAAGGGUCGUUUGGUUCAGUACAAACGGAGGCUACCCCAGACUUGACCCCAAGCAGCUCAUUCUCCUCAAACUACUCUGCUCCCAUAUACCCCGACGACGCAGCCAGAGCGAGCGAGCAGGUUGGCCGCCAUUCCCAUAAAGAUAUUAGCUCUGGCAACCAGGUGCACUCCUAUCCCUCAACCCCGCAGAGCUGUUCUCGAAGGGUUCAGGCCACUCAACCAUCAACACCUACUCGGGAAGCCAGCCUGCGGACUGCCCCAUCUAACGCGUCGUCGGACACUUUAGUUAUGUCUCAGCCCGACGCUUUAGACUCCCACCGUGGCAAGCCGCUACCAUCUCUGCCCGCUGUUGCGCGCAACGCGAACACUUUGGCAAACAGAAGAGCUCAAAUAGCUGUUGGGAAGCCUCCCAUAGAGGCAUCUAUGAUCUCUUCUCCUUGCCGUAUCAAUCCCGUCACGCUGGAGCCUCACACAACUCGCUUUGACGAAGCCAUGUUUAUCCCGGCCAAUGACUGUCCAAGUCCCAUUCCCAGCCCAGGUUCCAAUUCACCUUCCAUGGAUAAGCCAACCCCAUUUGGUCGCGAUAGACCGUCGACCUCUACAUCCGAAGUGGUUUGUGAGCAUUCAGUGUGGGAAUCAGACUCGGACACCGAAGACAUGGAUCCAAAGUCGCUGUCUAGGAAGCCUAUGGAUACAUUGAAAAAGGUCCGCAGUCGCGUGCACCUAAGAGUGGCCAAGUCAGCCCCCAAGUUACAGAACUCUAGCAACAGCCCCCAGGCUCUCGAGAAAUUCCCUACGACACCUGAUCAGCCGCCAGAAGAUCGUCGCCCGCCGCCGGUGAGGUCAAUCGGGAAAUCUCGUUUCGCUCCCGAUAAGUUCCCAUCGGCACAGCAAACGUUGCGUAUCGUGGCUCCAUCGAACACAUCCCUCGUACCACCACGGACCCCUCGGUCCCGUCGUGAUAGCAAGGAAGAGCGUCCAAACUUUGAUAUUGAUAGAUCGACAGCAGCCGCGAUGCAGGCCAAAUCGAGGCGUAAGCCACGGUCUAGUUCGCCCCAGUCGUCCCUAUCCAGUGACGGUGAUAAGAUACGUACCCUGUGCCGUGAAGAGCGAUCGGACAAAGCCAUGCAAAGUUUGACCCCUUUACGACAACCUCUCUACAAACGUGUCUGGGAGUCGCUACGUGUGCUCAGCUGCCAUGGGAAUAUGCCACCACCUAGACCACGCAAGGCCAUGUAACAGUUUCUUUUUCCUUUUAUAUCGAUACUAAUUUCCUGUACUUCAAAACGGUGGGGAAAAGUCUGGAUGGCGUUGGUAUAUACGGAAAUGCUUUCGCGUUCACCCUGCCGACGAUGACGAUAAGUUCGCUUGUUCUGUUCCCUAAAUAAUGUCUUAUGAAGCUGCCCGACGGAUCCCAAUGGAUGGGAGUCUGUGACGAAGAACGCCCGAUCACAAGGUGCCAUGGUGUCUUUGGAUGAUUUAUGAGCUCGACACGUUGAG